GAAUAGCAAGGGGAGGCGCUCACUCCCUGUUCUAACCACACUUCAUAUGUUUUAACUUGAGAGCUUUUUGGUUUCCUGUCGGCAGUAAUUCAAGUCUGUGCCAUCUUCACUUUGCUGAAGGGUAAACUGAUAACGGCGCUGAGAAAGGGAGUGAGCCCUCACAGCCAGAUUUGAGCAUAAGGCAUGAGGCUGAAUUUAUGAAAAGUUUCGGUAGCCCCUGAAGACAACAUCUUUCUUCUGCAACUUAGAAUUUUUUCAUUUUAUUUGUGUGCUGUUGUUUCUGAGAAGAAUCUGUUAUGACUCUACUGGAACCUGAGAUGUUAAUGAUGGCCGUACAGUCCGUGCUGCAGUUGAAGCUCCAGCAGCGCCGGACGCGGGAGGAGCUGGUGAGCCAAGGAAUCAUGCCGCCUUUGAAAAGUCCAGCUGCGUUUCAUGAGCAGAGGAGGAGCUUGGAGCGGGCCAGGACGGAGGACUAUCUGAAACGGAAGAUUCGCUCCCGGCCGGAGAGAUCGGAGCUGGUUAGGAUGCAUAUUUUGGAAGAGACCUCGGCUGAGCCUUCCCUCCAGGCCAAGCAGUUGAAGCUGAAGAGAGCCAGACUGGCCGAUGACCUCAACGAGAAGAUUGCACAGAGGCCUGGCCCCAUGGAGCUGGUGGAGAAGAACAUCCUGCCUGUGGAGUCCAGCUUGAAAGAAGCCAUCAUAGUGGGCCAGGUUAAUUACCCGAAAGUGGCGGACAGCUCUUCCUUUGAUGAGGACAGCAGCGAUGCCUUAUCCCCUGAGCAGCCCGCCAGCCACGAGUCCCAGGGCUCCGUGCCAUCACCCCUGGAAGCCCGAGUCAGCGAGCCACUACCCAGUGCCACCUCUGUAUCCCCCACUCAGGUUGUGUCUCAACUCCCAGUGGGCCCAGAUUCCGGAGAAACGCUUUUCCUGGCAGAGCAGCCACUUCUUCCGCCGAGCCUCCCCAACGGAACUGCGGUCCCCACUGCCAAGCCCACCCCCACACUCAUCAAGCAAAGCCAACCCAAGUCUGCCAGUGAGAAGUCGCAGCGCAGCAAGAAAGCCAAGGAGCUGAAGCCAAAGGUGAAGAAGCUCAAGUACCACCAGUACAUCCCCCCGGACCAAAAGCAGGACAAGGGGGCGCCUCCCAUGGACUCCUCCUACGCCAAGAUCCUGCAGCAGCAGCAGCUCUUCCUGCAGCUGCAGAUCCUGAACCAGCAGCAGCAGCAGCACUACAACUACCAGACCAUCCUGCCCGCCCCGCCCAAGCCAGCAGGUGAGGCUCUGGGAAGCAGCGGGCCACCCCCCAUGCGCAGCCUCUCCACCACCAGCUCUAGCUCCAGCCCGGGCGCCUCUGGUCCCAGUGCCAGCGCACGUCAGAACAGCACUUCGCUGCCCGGCAAGCCGGGAGCCCUGCCUGCCAACCUAGACGACAUGAAGGUGGCAGAGCUGAAGCAGGAGUUGAAGUUGCGGUCACUGCCUGUCUCAGGCACCAAGACAGACCUGAUUGAGCGCCUGCGUGCCUACCAAGAGCAAGUCAGCCCUGCUCCCGGAGCCUCCAAGGCCCCCGCUGCCACCUCCAUCCUGCCCAAGGCUGGCGAGGUCGUGGUCGCCUUCCCAGCAGCCCGGCUCAGCACAGGGCCUGCCCUGGUGGCAGCAGGCCUGGCCCCAGCUGAGGUGGUGGUGGCUACGGUGACCAGCAACGGAGUGGUGAAAUUCGGCAGCACGGGUUCCACGCCCCCCGUCUCCCCCACCCCCUCAGAGCGUUCCCUGCUCAGCACCGGGGAUGAGAACUCCACGCCUGGGGACACCUUUGGCGAGAUGGUGACAUCGCCGCUGACCCAGCUCACCCUGCAGGCCUCGCCACUGCAGAUCCUUGUGAAGGAGGAGGGCUCCCGGGCCGGGUCCUGCUGCCUGAGCCCUGGGGUGCGGGUGGAGCUGGAGGGGCGCGACAAGGACCAGAUGCUGCAGGAAAAGGAUAAGCAGAUCGAGGAGCUGACCCGCAUGCUCCGGCAGAAGCAGCAGCUGGUGGAGUGGCUGCGGCUGCAGCUGGAGCAGGAGAAGCGGGCCCAGCAGCCCGCCCCCGCGCCCGCCGCCCUUGGCAUCCCAGUGAAGCAGGAGAGCAGCUUCUCCAGCUGCCAGUUGAGCCCACAGCCCCUGGGCCCCGCUCACCCCUUCAGCCCCGGCAUGGCAGCCCCCACCGCCCACCACAUAGACAUUUGUGCCCCGGUGCCUCCGGCCGUGGUGGUGAAGCAGGAAGCUGUGCUGCCCCAGCCAGAGCCCGCACCCACGCCCCAGCUGCUUCUGGGCCCACCGGGCCCCAGCCUCAUCAAGGGGGUCACACCUCCCACCCUCAUCACCGACUCCACAGGGACCCACCUUGUCCUCACCGUGACCAAUAAGAAGGCAGACAGCCCUGGCCUGGCCAGCGGGAGCCCCCAGCAGCCCUUGUCCCAGCCCGAGUCUCCAGCCCCUGGCCCACCAGCCCAGAUGGACCUGGAGCACCCGCCACAGCCCCUCUUUGGGACCCCCACUUCUCUGCUGAAGAAGGAGCCACCUGGCUAUGAAGAAGCUUUGAACCAGCAGCCCAGACAGCAGAUGAAGAAGGAAACUGGUUCCUCGAGCCAACACAUGGAUGACCUGUUUGACAUUCUUAUUCAGAGUGGAGAAAUUUCAGCAGAUUUCAAGAAGCCAUCAUCCCUGCGAGGGAAAGAGAAGCCCCCCUCGACAGCAGCCUGCGGGUCGCCUCUGGCCUCACAGUCCCCACCCUCUGCUGAGCUCCCCCACGCUGCCCCGCCUCCAUCGGGCUCACCCGCCCUCCCUGGGCGCCUGGAGGACUUCCUGGAGAGCAGCACGGGCCUCCCCCUGCUGACCGGCGGACACGAGGGGCCAGACCCCCUCUCCCUCAUUGACGACCUCCACAGCCAGAUGCUGAGCAGCUCGGUCAUCCUGGACCACCCCCCCUCACCCAUGGACACCUCGGAAUUGCACUUUGCCCCUGAGCCCAGCAGCGUGGGCCUGGACCUGGCUGACGGCCACCUGGACAGCAUGGACUGGCUGGAGCUGUCGUCAGGCGGCCCCGUGCUCAGCCUGGCCCCGCUCAGCCUCUUCUCCACGGACUUCCUCGAUGGCCAUGACUUACAACUACACUGGGAUUCCUCCUUGUAGCUCUCAGGUUUGCCGGGGACAGAGGGGCUGGAUGUUGGGGAGCCUCGAGAACUCUAGAGAGCUCGGCUCUCCUGCCUGAUCCAGCCUCUGCGUGGUCGCGAGUCCUGACAAUCACAGGCCCUGCUGUCCCCUUCCCGGCUCACUAAGGAGAGAUGCUGCCAAGCAGCAGCUCUGGGUCCCACCCCGGGGUCUGGGAGAGCUGGACAGGCCGGGGCGUCCUAGUUGACCUCCUUUUGUGAGGUUGGAGGUACCCUGUCGGGCUGCCGUUUUCUCAGGCAGGCAAAGCGUGAAUCCCGCUCCUUCUCUUCCCCGGGGAGGAAGAGCGAGCCGGGCCUCGACCUCCCCAGCCCCGUGAUGCCGACGCCAGGCUCCCGGGCAGGAGGGAGGGGCUCCCUGCCAUUUUAGUAUCUUGGUGUAGUGUGACCAUUUAGUGGUUGGUGGCAAACGUUUUCUGUACAGGUGUAUAUACCUCUAUAUUAUAUAUCGCCAUACAUAUAUAUAUAUAUACACAUAUAUUUUUGGGAGGUGGGAGGCGGAUGCAGCCCCCUCCCUUCCUGUGCACAUACAUAAGGGCCUGGAGACCACUGCUCCCGGGGCCCCGCCCAUCACGUGUGUUUGACAUGUAAACACCCCGUCACAGCCUGUACCCCACCUGUCCUCAUCAGUGCCACGAGGGCAGAGGUGCGUCCUGCACCCGCCCACAUUCCGUCCCGCUGCCUCACUGCAGCCACCACGGCCCUGGGACAGGAGGGGGCCCGGCCUCCCAUCGGGCCUGUCACUGUCACUCAUAAGAGGAUGGAGUCACCAAAAGCAGUGCUGGAGCAGAGGUGGGGCAGUUGUGUGAACUUUUUAAAAUAAAAACAAAAACACCAG